UUGUUGGCUAGACGCGCCAAUACAAAUUAAAAGAUCGCGAGGGAUUUCAAAGUAUGACCAGCGAAGGGAUUCCUUUUGUAGUAGGAAAGGUUACUCCACCUUCUGCCGAAGAUUUCAUUUUGUUAAAACCCAUUAGUAAAGGAGCAUUUGGUAAAGUGUUUCUGGGUGCAAAGGCCAACAAUUUAGACCUCGUUUAUGCUAUUAAAAUAGUGUCCAAAGAAGAAAUGAGAAAGAAAAACCUUGCAGAAAAACUUACAUGCGAGCGAAAUGCUCUUGCAAUCAGCAAAUGUCCUUAUAUUGUCCACCUAUACUAUUGUUUACAGACGGCCAGCUAUGUUCACCUGGUCAUGGAGUAUCUCAUUGGUGGUGAUUUAAAGUCGCUGUUAUUAGUUAUGGGUUGUUUGAAGGAGCACCACGCUGCUAUCUACACUGUUGAAAUUGCGAUAGCCUUGGAGUAUCUCCAUAAGCAUGGGAUUAUUCACCGUGACCUUAAACCAGAUAACAUACUAAUUGAUUCCAAAGGGCAUUUGAAAUUAACAGACUUUGGUUUGUCUACACUAUUGUGGAAACGUCCCUUACAGCCUAGUGAUGUUUUGAAUACACCUUCUGUGGCCCCAUUACCUGCUCACUACUAUCGAACACCCGGUCAACUUAUUUCCCUAACAACUGAACUGGCUUUUACUAGUACACCUAGGAUGAAUAAAACUCAAGAGUUUCAAGAAAGAUAUCCAUCAACCAUACAAUAUGACAAAACGAAACCUUGUUUACCCUGUACAAAGUGCUCAUCUCCGGAUAUCAACAGAUCAAGUGUACUUCAUAAAUCUCCUUCAGAACUUCCUUUGAAGUCAAUUACUAUUUCAGCUAGGCAAACAACAAAUGCAUCAAAUCAACAACAUAUUGGUACUCCUUUAAGAAGAUGUAAAAGUUCCUGUGUCCUAGAAACCAGUGAUAAUACUUAUAGUGAACCUUACAAACCUAUUCAUCGACGUGUAGUUCAUUGGUCGCCAAUUUCAGGAUCACCAGUUAUUGAAAACACUUGUCGAAGUUUGCAUGCAUCAGAAAGUCAUUUAAAUGAGUUGCGGUUAUCUACCUGUAGUUUGGCUAGUUCAGUCAAUCUUGUUUAUCAGUCAUUUGACAAUCAAAUUUCAUCUGUAAAGGCGACACCUAAUACACCUAUCUUGUUAUCUACUACUAGUAAGACAAGUCACAACAACGUGUCAAAAAUGCUUAGAAAUUCUGAAUCCAUCAAUCAUAGAUUGGAAUGUUUCAAUUCUAAUGCUAUGAUACAAAAAAAUCAUUCAUUGGUGAAUGAAUCAAAUGAAACACUUCCAGGUUCACGCCUUGUUUCUUUAAAUCAAGACAUGAAACAAAUAGCGGUGAAUUCAAAUUCAUGCAAAAUCUCAUCAACAUCCUCGUAUCGGUAUAAUGACGAAAAUGAACCAAAGGCGUUUGAGGAUUCAUGCUACCCUGUAAAAGGUGAUCGUAUUCCUGAGCCUACUUCUCCUGUGUCUAAACUGAGUAAUUUUCUAGAACAGAGAUCAUCACCAUUUGAAAAACUCAGACUCUGUCAAUUGCCUCACUCACCAAUACCUCAUUGUUAUCGAGGCCAUAAUAAUCCUUAUUGUUUAACUGACGUAAAGAGCAAAACGUCUUUGUCUAUGCGUGAAUGCAUGUCUUCUCCAAUUCCGUUAAAAACAUCUUUAAACUUUCCAAGUCACCCUCUGCUUCAAUCAUUAAAACUCAGAUGAUUCCAUCAACUGGAAAUCUUCAACUAUCUAUACCAGAUAAUGUACCAUUAAAAUCUACCGCAUCAUUUAUGACUCCUCCUUAUCAAAUAUUGCCUUACAUCCCCACCACCAGUACCACCACGACCUCCACCACCAAUUCAUUGUGUCCUACAACUUUAUCUCCUCUCAAUCAACAUAAAUCGAUAAAAGAUAAUUUGAAUUAUUCCUCAGAUAAUCAUCAUUCUCCCGCAAUUGGUUCACUGCAUAUAUCUACAACAGAAUCACCAAAGUCUACCUCAUUUCCACAUAGUUUAUCUAAUCGUCUGUUAGGUACACCAGAGUAUUUAGCUCCAGAGUUAUUAAUUCAUCUAUACGCGAAAGAUGUAUGCAAUAGUCCAGCAGGUGAUUGGUGGGCGCUAGGUGUUAUAUUAUUUGAAAUGUUAACCAGUAUAACACCAUUUGCAGAUGAUAUUGUAGAGAAAGUAUUUCAUAAUAUACUCAAUUUAAAGAUACAAUGGCCUGUUGUUAACUCAGAUGCCUCGGAUAACUCAAAUAGUAAAUCCUCAUCGCAAGAAAAUCCUGUCCUUUCACAAUCAGCUGUCAAGUUGAUUACCGGUUUAUUAUCUUAUGAUCCUGUUGAUAGACUUGAAGUUGCCAGUCAAUUGAAAACAUAUGAUUUAAUAAUACCAGUUGGUGAUUGGAAUAAUUUGCAUAAUAUUGAAAUGCCUUUCAUACCUCAUCCGGAUAAUUCAAUGGAUACAUUUUAUUUCAAUAUCCGUAAUCAAUACAAUGCAUAUACUGAAGAGGAUUUACGUGUACCUGUAACCUGAUAUCUGUAAUAAACUGAUGAAUAUUAAUUAAUUUUAUUGUAUACCUUAUUAUUAUUAUUAUAUAUUUUAUAUCCUACACUAAGUGACAUUUAUUUAUUUAUUAUUCGAGUGCUCUUUUCCUGUUCCCCUCUUCUUUUUACUUCCUAAUGAAUGUAUUUGUUACCAGUGGCAUUAUAUA